AUGAAGGCUCAAAGCCAAAAUUCGGAUAGAAUCAGCGCUCUCCCUCAAGAUACAAUUGAAAAAAUUCUGACUCAUAUGCCAUUGCGACAUGCAAUUAGGACAAGCAUUUUGUCAAAGAAAUGGAGGUAUUGUUGGACCAGAAUUCUGGAACUUGUAUUUGAUGAAAAACUGGUUGCUUUAUCAUCUAGAUCUGGUAACAAAGAACUCGAUAAAUAUAAGCUUGUCAAUGCCAUCUUCCACGUUUUAUUGCUACACAGGGCUCCUAUAUCGGAACUCUCUAUUGAUAUUGCUAAUGUUGGAAUUGAUAAUGAGAUUGACAAGAUAAUAGUUCAUCUUUCAUGGAGCAAAAAUAUCAAGAAAUUCGUUUUUGAGAUUACUUCAAUCGAUGAAUAUUACAAGCUACCGUGUUUAUUCUUUUCAUUCCAAGGAUUGGAACACCUAGACCUCAGUUUUUGUAAAAUUGAGGUUCCUUUAAUGUUUAAUGGAUUUAAUAUGUUGAAGAGCCUGGUGUUUAAUGAGGUUAAGAUGACUGUUAAAGUGCUUAUUAAAUUUCUUACCAAUUGUCCACUACUUGAGGAAUUUACCUUGACUCCACAUGAUCAAACAUGCUUUACCGAGACUACAUUUGUUGAGCUGUUUAAAUGUUUACCUUCAAUUCAGCACUUGGCUGGAUCUAUACCACGUAAGCUCCCCGUUUCACUACCCCACUUGAGAAUAGUAGUUCUUAGUGUUUGUCUCCUUGGGCUUUCGGCUGUUCUGUGCGUGAUCAGUAGCUCUCCAAAUUUGGAGAAGAUUGAAUUGGAGUGGUCCUAUAACUUUCAAGAUUAUUCGGGCAUCAACUUGCAUCAUCUAAAAGAAAUGGAGAUAACAUGUUUCCGUGACCUUUUUUCUUGGAUGGAGUUUGUGAAGCUCCUCAUGGCUAAGUCACCUGUGCUAAAGAAAGCAAGAGUAGAGCUCGAUACAUCUGUUUCUGUUGAUCAAGAAAAUAAGAUGCUUCGAGAUUUGCUAUUACUGCCGUUUCCAUGUGCAUCGCCUGCAGCAAAAUUCAUUAUCGAACGUCCUUAA